GACGCCCUUGGCCAUGACACACCCCCAACUGCUAUCUGCUCAGGCGCAGCAGACUGAGUGAAUGAGCCAUCGCUGCUCCAGCUGUUUCACAGUUUGAUGGGGCAUCGGGCGGAUGACAGCGGGAACGGUUGUGAUCACUGGCGGAAUCCUAGCUACGGUCAUCCUCCUCUGCAUCAUCGCUGUCCUGUGCUACUGUAGGCUCCAGUAUUACUGCUGCAAGAAGAGCAGAGCCGAGGAUGCAGACGAGGAGGAGGCGGAGGAGGAGGAGCACGACCUGCCCACACCCCCCAGAGGCCCCACAUGCAAUGCCUGCAGCUCCCAAGCCCUGGAUGGCCGAGGCGGCCUGGCGCCUCUCACCGGCGAGCCCUGCGGCCAGCCGUGCGGGGUGGCAGCCAGCCACUGUGCCACCUGCUCCCCAUACAGCUCCCCCUUUUACAUACGGACGGCUGACAUGGUGCCCAAUGGGGGUGGAGGCGAGAGGCUCUCCUUUGCUCCCUUGUACUACAAGGAGGGGGGCCCUCCAGCCCUCAAAUUGGCAGCACCCCAGAGUUACCCGGUGACGUGGCCAGGCCCUGGGCGCGAGGCCUUCACCAAUCCAAGGGCUAUUAGCACAGACGUGUAACCCCUUUCACCCGCAAGCCCCACACACACCAAGCUGCUGGCCCAGCAGGAGCCAUGGGGGCAGCGAUGACCCCUCUGACAGCCUGUAAGGACUGUCUCAGUUUCUUUGGCUUUUCUUGCCCCCUCAGUGGAGGGUUCACCAGGAUUCAAGCUAUUGAGUGCUUUGGGAACCAGGGCAGGGUCUGGUUCCAACCCUGUGGCCCAGAGGUGAGGGCCUGACAGGUGGAGUUGGCAGCUUUGCCACUUUCUCUGUUGGGACAUUCCUCUGGCCAGCCCUGCACCGCCACGACCCUCUCACUUCUCCCCUACCCCGGCUUUGCGGACUGUGAGGGGAGGAGCACCAGGGAGAGCUAAGCAAAGGCACCAGAGGCUUCCAGAGUCCUUGGAGGAUGAAAGAAGAAAAGAGGAUGAGGGGCAGGGGCAAGGUGAGAACUAGGACAUGGCACAAUUUGGGAAGGAGGCGGUGUGAAGGGACCUCUUCAGGACUUGCUAAAACGCAUCCCAGAGCUAGUUGACAAUCUAGUUUUGUACCUUGGUGACCGCAGAGACGGCAGUCCUGUAGCUGCUCCAAUACGGGUAUUGGUUCCUGAACACGCCAGAUCUGUAUCUGCGCCCUUCCUCAUGGGACACGUCGAGUUGACUUUAACGGCCAUGGCAUAAGGUUAUUUGUGGGGUCUGCACCAAAAAGUGACUGUCUAACCUUGUCUCCCCGCAAAUCCUCUUUCUCUGCUUCGGGAACCAGCUGUCCCUGCUGGAGAAUCCUUUUCAAGUUUUCUUACUGGAGUUCGAGUAGCUUAGUGAGUGAGAUUUGCUGAUGGUCUCCGGGGCCCUGGUCCACCACACUGAGCGGUGUGCGUGGAUGCAGUCCUGUGAAGGCAUGUGCGUUCUCAGGGGCGUGCACACACACCAGUCACCACCAGCACACAGAGGGGUCUUUGCCACCUUCAGGAGCUGCAGAGUGGAAGGGUCUCUGAUGUACCAACUAGAAAGAAAAAUCUGACCCCAGACAGCAUGUGCCGAAAUAUGAUUAUGGUUGCCAAUCCCCACAGCAACCAGCUGGCUGGUACUGAACGGCCUGAGAGUCUCCCAUGGGACGAUGCUGCAGCCGUUGAAGCCACAUAAGCCCCUCUAGAGGCCCGGAGUUCUGUUCCACCCAGGACACUAUAGAGUGGACCACUCAUUCCACCAGGGACAGCAGCCCUCGCUCCUGGGAGGGAUUUGACUUAGCAAUUGGAUUCCACACUCGCUGCCCUCGCUCUGCUGCCCCAGCCCCCAGUCUCCGGGUAAGGGCCUAUUUAUUGCUGUCUCACUCCAGCCCCAAGUCCACCUCCCACUUCCCUGCUUAUAACUCAGCCGUGGCCUUAUGCUAAUUGAGUGAAUGCAUCUGGUGAGUUUUCCAGUUGCCUCAGCAGUAAGGGGUGGCUGCCCCCCCUUCUAAGGACAUACAAAACCCCCACCCACUCCUGAGUUCUGAAUGAGGCCCAUCUGCUGCAAUCUUGAUUUUCCAUUUGAGA